AGAAAAAUUAUUGAAAAAUUAAAAAUUGUCUUAAAAACCCAAAUAUUUUUUGAAACUUAAAUUGAAGUACUUGUUAAAAGAAGUGAUUUUGAUUUUGUUGCAUUCCCAAGCUUAAACUUCCAAGUUUUGCUUUAAUCUUAAUGCCAUUCUUUUGUGCAAUUGUUCUUAACUUUUUCAAUUUUAAAUUCUUGUUGUUUCUUUUCUCAAUUUCUUGAAAUUUAUUAUUCAAUUCCUGUAUAAUUAAAAUACUAAACACAAGAAAUUAUCUCAAUAUAAUAUGAUUAGAAAUUUCGGAAUCAGAAAUAUAGAAUCCGCAUGAAUUUUUUUCCUUGAACUUAAAAAAAGAAAUAUAUUAAAGAUGAAUUAAUGCUCAUUAGCACCAUUUUUAAUAUUUUCCUUGCGGAUACUACUCCCAGAAAGUUUAAGCUUGCAGGUCGCAUCUCUUGGAAGAAAAUGGAAAGGGAAAGAGAAAGAGGGAGAGAGGGAGAUUGAAAUGAUGAGGAGCGAUUUGGAGGAAUAUAUCGAGCGGAAAGGAUUGCAUGAAUUGAAGGAAGAGACAGGAGGAUGGAACGAUAACGAAAGGAAAGGUCCGAAUGUCCCAAAUAAUAGACUGUCACACUUGACAGAGAAAAUUAAAAAAGAAAAGCAGAAAGAAUGUAAAAACCCUAGACCGGCAUUUGAUGUCACGUCCAGGCGAUGCAAGGCAAAGAAUCAAGUAAGGCCAAUCAUCUACACGAAUUUUCUGUUGCGCUGUCUCAUCGAUUCCAUCGCCGUUUGCUUGAGAGAUUCACCAGCCAUAACCUCUAUCACUAUUGAUGGAAUUCCUCUGACGCUGAAGUACCUGAAUAUCCUGUGUUCCGGUUUGAAGACCAAUGAAAAGCUGAUAAGUUUAUCUUUGAAAAAAUGUUACAUAGGAGACAUUGGCUGUGACCUGUUAUUGAACUGCUUGAAAAACAAUCCAAAGCUCUCUGUCUUAAAUUUGUCAUCUUGUAAACUAUCAAGUAGAAGUGCUAUGAGUAUAUCAUUGUUCUUAAAAAGGAGAAAGGCUGAUCUGUUACAAAAUAUUUGGGAGCAAUCUUCCGAAGAAGAUACUGAAAAAUUACAAGGAUUGCAGACAUUGAUUCUAAAUCAGAAUCCAAAAAUUGAAGACACUGGUCUAAAACAGAUAAUUUAUGCAUUAAAAAAUGAUGCCUGGUUGAAAACAUUAAGUUUGAAACGCUGUGGAAUCAGUAAAUUGGGAGCAGAAAUGAUCAUUCAACUAUUGCAAUCAAAUAAUAAAAUUAUGAGGCUAGAUUUAACCAAAAAUCAUAUACCUAUUAAUACUCUUCAAAUAAUGUUGGGCAUAUUGAAGAAAAGACAAGAAAUAGCUGAAAAAACUUUAUUGAAUAAACAAUUCUGUUUAAAUUGGAGAAAAAAUAUAAAUAAUGAAAUUAUUAAAUUUACAAAAAGACAUAGAAAACAUUCGCAAAAUCGAACAGAACGGCCUAGGAAAUCUUCAUUACAAAAACAUUAUUGGAAAAAGACUCAAAGAUUUGAGAGAUUUAUUCGAGAAAAAGAAGUGAAAGGAAUUACAAAAGAAGAUUAUUAUAGAAGAAAGAAAAUUAAUGAUUUGGAAUUACAAUUAUUAAAUUUAAUUGAGUCUAAUUCUAAAUUAAAAGAGGAACUUUCGAGCAAUAAAGCGUUAUUGAAUUCAGAAGUACAGCAAAGAUCGAAAAUAGAGAAUGAGUUGCAAAGAAUAUCGUUUCGAUUAAAUGAUCUAAAAAGUAAAGUUUUUAUGCUAAAUUGUAUUUCCUCUAAAGCAUGUAAUGAAAGUCAAUUAUUGACGGGUUUUAAAUAUAUUUUCGAAAAAUUGGAAUCAUUUUCGAUGUUAAAACAAAAUGUAUCUGUAAACGAGGAAGUUGAUUUAGAAACUGUAGAACCAUUGUGGUCGUCACCGUUAGCAGAACAAAUGGAAAACUGUGUUUUGAAUUGCUCACAGCGAAAACCUUAUUUUAUUUCCCAUUGAAAAUAUAAUACUGUGAAUUUUAUUUAAUAAUUUUUCUAGAUGUAUAAUGUAAAUAAGAUACGAAUUUUAUACUGAUGUAUAAAAUUUUAUA